CACACGCGCUGUCCCACUCACCAUGGAGAAGGUCCUUGUCCUGCUGCUUGUGGCCCUCGCGGUGGCCUACGCAGCUCCUGGCCCCCGGGGAAUCAUUAUCAACCUGGAGGAGGGUGAGCUCUGCUUGAACAGCGCCCAGUGCAAGAGCGGCUGCUGCCACCACUCGAGCGCUCUGAGUCUGGCCCGCUGCGCACCCAAGGCCAGCGAGAACAGCGAGUGUUCGCCCCAGACCAUCUACGGCGUCUACUACAAGUGUCCCUGUGAGCGCGGCCUGACCUGCGAGGCAGACAAGUCCAUCGUGGGCUCCAUCACCAACACCAACUUUGGCGUCUGCCUUGACGUUUGACCUCCAGAGACCAAGCCCCUCCCGACCCCAGAGGCCCCCUGCACCUAGCCAGGGCACCUUGGCUUACGUCUGGCCACCUCCCUAACCAGCACCUCC